AUAAUUGGCAAUUUUUUGUAGCGAGAUAAUAUCGAGUCAUGUUUUGACUCAAAAAGAAAUGGUUCGUUGAUCAUUCCGAAGAGUUAAAAUCAGUACCAGCCAGUGGUAUAUUCUUGGCUUUAGAAUUACAGUUACUUGUACCAGACCGGCCAGACUACUCACAAUUCGUAAAGCAGGGCAUUGCACUAACGUGCCUCCUGAAGAACGGCAUGGCAUUGAACAUGCUAAUGGUUUAGAAAGUGUAAAUGUGGACAAAUGUUAUACGUGGUAGUGUAGUGUAGUUUCAGGCUGCAGGAACUGAACCAUGUCAUGUCAUUACCAUGAUAAGGUAGAAUUUGUGCUUGUUCUUUAUUUUCUAUAUAGCUGUUAUACAGUUAAUUGUCAAGAGGAAGAUGGUCCUUACCAUGGCAAGUACAUUGGAAAAUUCAAUUCCUAUCAUCAUCAGGUAUCAGGCGAUAUCCACGCUGUUGACGAAAGAACAUUACUACUAAAAUCAUUUAGUUACGAUGGUAAUGGUGCAGAUACCUUUUUUUGGGCUGGGUCCGUUAAUCGGCCUGGACCCCAAGGAUUCAUAGUUCCUGAUGCCGAUGGAAAGUAGACCCCCAUUUCAAUGGAACCUUGCCAUUUUCACUUGUGAAUGUUUAUCCUUACUUCUUACUUACGGCGUUUAAAGAGCUAUAUCGGCGAAUGACAUACAAUUCACUGAAACUUCCGAAAGAGGCGGAGUAGAAGUCCCAAUCUGAAGAUUAUUUUGAAUUAUUAAAGCAACUUCGGAAUUGGUCAACAUAUACCGCCGGCACAUGUACUGAAGCGCCACCAAUUACUUAUGCGUGACGAACACCAGCUUUGGGCGUCAGCGUUGCCAGCUCUUGGACUGUUGGGAUAGGUUAUGGACAGUGUCGGAUUAAACCAGCGCAGGAGCUGUAGCAAAUUAUAUCGAAGAGCGUAGGGGUGGACCUAGAGAGAAAUUUGGGGGGAGGGGUAUAUAAGGAAAAUGAAUUGCUUGCGGGAGGGGAGGAGUGAUGGAUGCUGUAUCAGUGCUUCUGAGAGCGGGAGUAUCGAUGAUUGAAAAUUGAAGAAGUGGGGGUAAGUGAUGGUGGCUGCAUCAGUACUUUCCCCCAAGGAGAGAUAAAGCCUUGGCGGGAGACUGGUUAUGGAAUUUCUUUUUCAUUGUUGAGAAGUUCUGAGAAUACAAAACCUUAGGAAUAAUUACGAAGCUGAUGGAGUUGUGAUCUUACCUUGGUCGAAGUCAAGUUCAAAAAUAAACAUUUUUCUUUAAAAGGGAAAUGGAGUUUGUUUUUAUUCUUUGUAUUUGAUAUUCAAAUACAGCUUAGGGCUGAGCGUUCUCUUAGUUGAUACCUAAUCAAUGGUUUAAGGGCCAUUUCGUCAGUCGUUCCUGCAAUUGUAGGACGUCUUCUUUAUGGCCUCAUUGAUUGUCAUAGUCCUCUCUAUCCUUCAAAAAUUUCUAGAUUGCACCUGUUCCGUGUCAGCGUCAGCGUUCUCCUAUUGUGAAGUUAUGUUUUCUUUUUGAAUUGUAUAACAUUUCAGGCUGAUGAAACAUAAUAUAAAUCAAAAGCACGAACGAUCUGAUGCAAGUAGAUACAUGUGACAUAACCUCAAAAUAGAGCGCUGCCAUGGAAAAGUAGAAAACUAUGAAAAUCAACGAGGCCAUAAAGGCGUCCUACAAUAAUUGUAGGAACGACUGACGAUAAGGCCCUUAGUGUUCUCGAACUCUGUAGCUUGUCUAACGGUGAACUAAAAAAAUAUUUUCUAAUCACUGUUUUAGACGCUGAAGGUAAAAAAUUUAAUAUAUUUUCUCUGAUUCAGCUUAUAGAAAAUUCUUUUCAUUUAACAACCUGCAAACAAUAGUUUUCUUUUCCUGAUCCACCUUCCAAUAAUUUAAGAAUAAACCAAAGUAAAAUCCUUUUUGAUGGUAAAUGACACCCAACCCUGCUUAACAGACGAUGUAACGUGUUUGUUAUGACGCUAAGGUGGGCACCUUCUCGGAGAUUAGAUUAAUUAGUGGUUUCGGGCUAAUUUGUACCAUAUGACUUCUACUAAUUUUAAUUCUAACGAACAUCAUCGAUGUAAAAUACCUUAUGACUUGCAAAAAGAUUUUGU